CUGAGAACGUUCCAAUCCCCACAGCAGAAUGGGGACACUCUUACGACUCCUGGCCUGGACGCUGCUGUCUGUUGGGCUGACAGUUGGUUCAGAUGAUCAACAAUCCUCUUCUCAGUCCGUGUAUAAGACUUCUUCCAUCACUAAGUUAUCGGUGAUCUCAGGAGUGAGCCCUACUCACAAUGGCCGAGUUUGCAGCACAUGGGGAAACUACCACUUCAAGACUUUUGAUGGGGACGUCAUCCAAGUGCCAUCCACCUGUAACUUUGUCCUAAGCUCUCUGUGCAAGAGCGACUACGAAGAGUUCAACAUCCAGAUGAGGAGGCAAGUGGUGGAUGGCCUGCCCACCAUCAGCAAGAUCACCAUGAAGCUGGACGGGACAGUGGUGGAGCUCAUCAAGGACUCAGUCCUCGUCAACAAAAUCAAUGUCAAGCUGCCAUACAGCCAGCUUGGAGUUCUCAUUGAGCCAACCCCCGCUUACAUUAAAAUUACAUCCAAGCUGGGCCUGGUUGCCACGUGGAACAAAGAUGACUCCUUCUUGAUGGAAAUGGAUAAAAAAUUCAGAAACCAGACGUGUGGGCUCUGCGGUGACUUUAACGGGGUGCAGACCUACGAUGAGUUCUAUAAAGAUGGAGCAAAAUUAUCUGCAAUUGACUUUGCUAACAUCUGGAGGAUGGACAGCCCCACAGAAGACUGUGAAGAACCUGCACCGUUGCCUGAAAAGAGGUGCAAAACUAGAGCGGCUUGUGAGCAGCUGCUGUCUGGACGGGCCUUCAGCAGUUGCCAGGACCUGGUGGCCAGCGAUUACUUAAUGAAAGCCUGCAUCUCCGACUUGUGCUACUGCGACCAGAACAGCAGGUCUUUUUGCCUGUGUAACACCAUCUCGGAGUACUCGCGACAGUGCGUGCACGCUGGUGGACAGCCACAGCAGUGGAGGACCCAGCAAUUCUGCAGCAAAUCCUGUCCCUUUAACAUGGAGUACCAGGAGUGUGGAACCCCGUGCAUCGACACUUGCUCUAACUCAGACAGAAGCCAAUUGUGUGAGGAGCACUGCACCGACGGCUGCUUCUGCCCACCUGGGACUAUUUUUGAUGACAUCAAGCAGACUGGCUGUAUCAAAGUAGAGCAGUGCUCUUGUACAUAUAAUGAAAAAACAUAUAGUCCAGGAGAAUCUUACAGAAGCGGAUGCUCGAAAUGUACAUGUUCUGGGGGUGAGUGGAGCUGUGAGGAACUGGAAUGCCCUGGAACCUGUUCUGUAGAGGGCGGGUCGCAUAUCACCACUUUCGACGGAAAAGCCUACAGCAUUAAUGGGCAGUGCUCCUUCGUCCUGGCCAAGCAAUGUGAAGGGACGGAUUUCACAGUACUGGCAGACUUACAAAAAUGUGGCCUAAGCGACACAGAGACCUGUCUGAAGGCUGUGAUCAUCCGAGUCCCAGAUACUAUCAUCUCCAUACAGCCAAACGGAGGUACCUUUGUGAAUAAUUUAGCUGCUCCACUGCCACUGUCUACAGAUCAGGUCACCAUCUUCAAGCCAUCCACAUUCUACGUCAUUGUCAAAACCAUUUACGGGCUCCAGCUGAGGAUCCAGCUGGUUCCAAUCAUGCAGGUCUACAUCACCUUAAAACCCUCAAACAAGGGGACAACCUGUGGUCUGUGUGGAAACUUUAACAAUAUCCAAUCAGAUGACUUCAAAUCCACGAGUGGACUGGUGGAAGGCACCGCAGCAGCAUUCGCCAACACCUGGAAGGCUAGGGGGGACUGCCCCGAUGUUAAGGGCAGCUUUGAGAACCCCUGCGGUCUUAGUGUGGAGAACGAGCAAUAUGCCCAGUACUGGUGCUCCUUCCUGACAGACCCAAAGGGACCGUUUUCCAAGUGUCAUUCUGAGAUAAGCCCAGACAGUUACAAAGCACAAUGCAUGCAUGACAGCUGCAACUGCGAGAAGAGCGAAGACUGCAUGUGUGCUGCACUCUCUUCCUACGUCUACGCCUGUGCCGUCAAAGGCAUCAUACUCAAAGGAUGGAGAGAAACUGCCUGCAAGAAAUACACCAGCUGCCCAAGCUCAAUGGUGUUUCAGUACAGCAUGACCAGCUGCAAGCGCACCUGCCGCUCUCUCAGUGAGCCUGACUACACCUGCCAGGUCGCCUUCUUACCUGUGGACGGCUGCGGUUGCGAAUCGGGAACCUACAUGAACCAAGAAAACCAAUGUGUCCCUGCCACAAGCUGUCCCUGUUACCACAAGGGGGUGGAGGUUGCCCCAGGAGAGACAAUCACCAAGAACGGGGCUACAUGCACUUGCAAGAAAGGAUCUCUGAGUUGCUUUGGGGCUCCUGCAUCUCCAUCAGAGGCCUGCCUUGCACCCAUGGUGUUCUUCAACUGCGAGGGGACCAAAUCAGGGACCAAAGGGUCCGAGUGCCAGAGGACCUGCAGUACACUCAACAUGGAGUGUAUCAGUACAGAGUGCAUUUCAGGCUGCGUAUGUCCUGAAGGACUGGUGUCUGAUGGGAAGGGGGGGUGUAUAGAGGAGGACGCCUGCCCCUGUAUCCACAACGGCAUUCCAUAUCAGCCUGGGUCCAAAAUUAAAGUUUCCUGCAAUACAUGCACCUGUAAGAAAAGCAAGUGGGAGUGUACGUCUAAUGAGUGCCAUGGGACCUGUGCCAUAUAUGGAGAUGGCAAUUACAUCACCUUUGAUGAGAAAAGGUUCAGAUUCAGUGGAGGGUGUGAAUAUACCCUCACUCAGGAUUACUGCAGCAAGAGCAGUAAUGGAACUUUCAGGGUGGUCACUGAGAACGUACCCUGUGGAACCACUGGCACCACCUGUUCUAAGGCCAUCAAGCUCUAUCUGGGGAGUAAUGAGCUGGUGCUGGCUGAAGGAAAGUACCAAGUGAUACAGAGGGAUACCGGCAAUGAGAUUCCAUACCAGAUCAGAACCAUGGGGAUAUACCUGGUGGUUGAGGCAAACAAUGGUGUGAUCCUAAUGUGGGACAAAAAGACCAGCAUGUUCAUCAAACUUGGCCGAAAAUUUGAGGGCCGCGUCUGUGGUCUGUGUGGAAACUACGAUGGCAACGGAAACAACGACUUCACCACCAGGAGCCAGGCAGUGGUAGCGAACCCCGUGGAGUUUGGAAACAGCUGGAAGGUGGCUCCCACCUGCCCCGAUGCAGAGCUCAUAAAAGACCCCUGCACAUCAAACCCUUACAGACAAUCCUGGGCCCAGAAGCAGUGUAGCAUCAUCAACAGCAGAGUGUUCAGUGCCUGCCACUCACAGGUGGACCCUGGGCAGUACUACGAUGCGUGCGUGAGCGACUCGUGCGCGUGUGACAGCGGGGGAGACUGUGAGUGCUUCUGCACGGCUGUGGCGUCUUACGCGCAGGCCUGCAACGAAGCUGGAGUCUGCGUCACCUGGAGAACUCCCCAAAUCUGCCCUCUGUUCUGUGAUUACUACAAUGGCCCUGAUGGCUGUGAAUGGCACUACAAGCCCUGUGGAGCCCCCUGCGUUAAAACCUGCAGGAAUCCUUCAGGGAUUUGCUCAAAACAGAUUCCUGCCCUUGAAGGCUGCUAUCCAAAGUGUCCUGCAGACAAACCAUUCCUAGAUGAAGCCACAAUGACUUGUGUGCCGAGUGAAGAGUGUGGCUGCUAUGAUGAGGAGGGAAAUCACUACACCAAUGGACAGAGUGUCCCAUCCACAAAGAACUGUGAGACCUGCUACUGUGCAAUGACUGGAGUGCUCUGCAGUCAUGAUGACAACGCCUGUUACUGCAUAUACAAAGGAAAUAAAUAUUCUUAUGGAACUACCAUUUACAACACUACCGAUGGUGACGGCAGCUGUAUCACAGCUGUCUGCGGAAAGAAUGGAACAAUUGAGAGGGAUAUGUAUGCUUGUGCAACCACCACCACAGCAAUACCAACCACGUCACCCAGGACCACAGAAUCCUCAAGCACCGCCACAUAUACCACAGCACCACCAACAACAGUCUUUGUCUUCUCAACAACAGAAAUCACAGCAUCAACUACGAAAGUAGAAAUAUCUACUCCAUUUGUCUCAACAACUUCUGCUCCAAUAACAACAACAUCAUGUACUGUGUGCAAGUGGUCAAACUGGAUUGAUACUGACUAUCCCACAACGGAUCCUGAUGGUGGGGACAUCGAGUCAAUUGAAAAUAUAGUAAAGUCUGGGCAAAGCACUUGCAGCAAACCUACAGAGGUGGAAUGCAGAAGAAAAGAAGGAGAAAUAGCAUUCUCGGAAUUGGGUCAAAAAGUGGAAUGCAGCCCAUCUGUUGGACUGAUUUGCAAAAACAAAGAUCAAUUUCCACAAAUAUGUUACAACUAUGAAAUACGACUUAAAUGCUGUGAAGACAGAUUUGUGACAUCUUCAAGACCUUCCAUUAGCACAGAGACAACAUCAGUGCCUCCUACUCCAACAGAAGUAAUUUCCAUGUCUACUCGCACAGCACCUACAGCUUCAGCCAGUUCAACGACAAUGCUGGUUGUCACACGCACUUCACCUGCAAAACCUACAUAUUCAACAGGACCUGUUGUCAGAACAUCAACUAGAAUUCCUGUACUAACUACUCUUAAAUGUUUUUGCACAUAUAAAUCUGAGGAAUAUCCACGGGGAUCAAUAAUAUAUAAUGAAACUGACGGUGAAGGCUGGUGCUUCACUGCUUACUGCAAUGCAACAUGUGAAAUUGAGAAGCAGUCAAAACCCUGUCAUACGACUGUUUCACCACCCGUUUCGACAACCAUUGAGACGACCACCAUUCCAGCUAGUACACCAUCUUCUACAGCCAAAACUGAAACAACAACUAUUGUAACAACUACCAGCCCUGAAACUACAACACUGGGGCCAGACUGUGACCACUUCGAUCCUCCAAGAAAGAAUGGUGAAUCUUGGGACGUUGGCAACUGUACCAAAGCAACGUGCACCAACGGUUCUGCAGUCUUGAAGCCAAAGGAGUGUGAGCCAGUGAAAUCAGUCGUUUGUGAGAAUGGACAUUCCCCAGUUAAAGUCUAUGAUGAGUCUGGAUGCUGCUUCCACUAUGAAUGUCAAUACUGCUUGGGGCCUAAUGACACGACCAAACAGCCAGGCGAGAAGUGGGAGAGCAACUGCCAGGAGUGUGAGUGUCCCAUGAACUCCACCACUCCCCUCUGUAAACCUGUGGAGUGUUCAAACAAGCCAAACAAAACCUGCGAGAAGGCUGGUCAGGUGCCCGUGGUCGAGAUUGUGGACUGCUGCGAGAAGGUCACAUGUGAAUGCGAUGUGGACACAUGCCCACAGACAAGCCACACCUGCUCCGAAGGGUUCAAGCCAAUAGUAACUACCCCAAAAGGAAGCUGCUGUCCUGAAUAUGACUGCCAGCCCAAGCCUGUCUGUGUCCACAAUGAAACAGAGUAUCAGCCAGGAGCAGUUGUUCCCUCAGACAAGUGCGAGGAUUGCAAAUGUAGCUCCACUGUAGAUCCGGACACUAAACUCCAUUCUGUCGAGUGCACCCCAGUGAAGUGUGAUGAGAGCUGCAAGCUGGGCUCUGAAUACGAGGCUGUGCCCGGUGAGUGUUGCGGCAAGUGUGUGGAGAAGGACUGUGUUGUUACGUUACCUGGCAACGAAACACAAAUCCUUGAGCCCGGCCAGAUCUGGACACCUCCAAAUGAGAAGUGUGAAAAAUACAAAUGUGAGAAGAUAGUGGAUCAGCUGGUUCCUAUUGAAGAGAAAACUGUCUGCCCUAAAUUCAACCCAGAGAACUGCAUUCCUGGUACUGAAAAAACUGAUGAAGAUGGAUGUUGCGAAACCUGCACUCCACGUCACGACUGCAACGUCCUGAAGAACAGCACUUACCUGGAGAAAAAUGGCUGCAAGACCACAGAGCCUGUGGAAGUCAACUCCUGCGAAGGCACCUGCGGAACCUCCUCCGUGUACUCUGUGGAGGCUAAUUCUCUGGUUCACGCAUGCUCCUGUUGUCAAGAGAUGUCCACAAGCAGCAAGGAGGUGGAGAUGAUCUGCCCAGAUGGGACAAAGAUCAGCUACACCUACACUUACGUUGAAACAUGUGGCUGCAAGCCCUUGGAGUGCCCUGAGGAACAAUCUUCCCAGAAAGUAUCACGGCGAAGGCGUCGAUGAACCAACGGGCAGAUUCAUGGCCGCCACUCCUGUGACGAUCGUUCCUCUGGUUGACCGUAUAAAGACUAAACAAUACAAUUCUCUCAGUGGAAAAAUGUUAAGUUUAGGCUUAUUAGGGUCAGCUGUCAACCAUAGUGUGUUUUUCUUUCUUUUUGUUUGCAUGUUGGUUUUUAAGAGCAAGACUUUAUUUUAAUGUCAUGUAGCCAUUAUUUAAUAUACAUAUUAAUUAGCUUUAUAGAAGACACAGACUUGCAUGGAAUGGGUUUAACAUUAAAUAUCAGGAAGAAAUAAACAGGGGAAAAGUUAUUAUUGUAGUGGCUAUCUUAGCUUUAACUAUUUUUAGAAUAUAGCUGCUUAUAGAAGAGUGUUUCUGUUCUUACCUGUAUUAACCUCUUAAUAAACUGUAGCAACUGAAA